ACAGUCAGAAAAAGUUGGACUGUUUUUGUUUUUAUUCACCAACACCACCAAAACGGGAGGAGAAGAGAAAAAAAAACACACAACGAAAUUGUACCGCAAGCUGUUUUGACCCCGUUUUAGGUUCCGCUAAAAGUUAGUCACCACUAUCAGCUAACUUCUAACGCGCAGCACGUGCCGGCAUCCGGCAAUACGAACACGCACUGCCGUCGGUGAGAUCCCCCGAAGGGAGAACAAAAGCGGCAUGGAAUCGAACGAGCGGCCCCGCACACUGUCGCAGUACAAGCGCUUUCAAACGAACGACGAGGGCCGGAAAACGUUCUCCUCCAUUGAUCAGAUAAAAACCGAAGCAUCGAUCGAGCGGAUCUACGACCGGUACGAGCAGCUGGCGGCCCUCGACGCGACCCUGCCGAAGCUGCUCCGGGGGGACCAUGCGCGCUACCUGCAGCUGUCGCUCGAGCGCCUCUCGACCGCGUACGAAAGCCUGGACAGUAGCCGGCCCUGGAUGGUGUACUGGAUACUGAAUGCGGCCAGCAUCCUGAACCUGCGCUUUCCGCACGAGCUGCUCGACCGGGUGGUGGACUUUCUGGCCAAGUGCCGCGGCAAGGACGGCGGCUUCGGGGGCGGACCGGGCCAGGAUCCGCACCUGGCCACGACGUACGCGGCCGUCAACUCGCUGUGCAUCAUCGGCACCGACCGGGCACUGAGCGCGAUCGAUCGGCCCUCGCUGAAGCGGUUCAUGUGGUCGGUGCGGGAGAGCAACGGCGCCUUUCGGAUGCACGUCGGCGGGGAGGUGGAUGUGCGCGGCGCUUACUGCGCCAUCUCGGCCGCCAAGCUGUGCUCCUUCACGCCGGAGGACGAGCAGCGGCUGUUCGAGGGCACGUCCGGCUGGAUCGCGGAAUGCCAAACGUACGAGGGUGGGUUUGGCGGCGCGCCCGACCUGGAAGCGCACGGCGGAUACUCGUUCUGUGCUGCGGCCGCCCUCAUGCUGCUCGGGGGCGAGAAUCGCUGCGACCUGAAGGCGCUGCUCCGGUGGACGGUGAACCGGCAGAUGGCGUACGAGGGCGGGUUCCAGGGCCGCACGAACAAGCUGGUCGACGGGUGCUACUCGUUCUGGCAGGGCGCGCUCGUACCGAUCGUGCAGGGGCUUAUCGCACGGGCGGAAGGCAACCAGAGCAUCAUGAACGUGAGCCUGUUCAAUCGCUACGCACUGCAGGAGUACGUGCUGAUCUGCUGCCAAAGACCCAACGGCGGGUUGAUCGAUAAGCCGGGCAAACCAGCCGAUCUGUACCACACCUGCUACACGCUCAGCGGACUGGCCGUCGCCCAGCACUGCGAAACACACAGCCCACCGCUCGUGCUGGGCGACGAGCGGAACGAGGUGCUGCCGACGCACCCGGUCCACAAUAUUCCACCCAAGGCAGCGCUGGACGCUUACCGGUACUUCCUGGAGCUCGAUCAACCCGGAUCGGCCAGCGAGGAGAAGCACUGCAACGGCAAAUCGGUCGACCCGAUGGACGCUUGUUCGGAGAACGAGUCCGACCGGCAAACGUCCGAGGACAGCAGCAGCAACUACACGAGCAGCCGAGCGUCGGAAUAUUAAGCAAUGCGUGCGGCCCUCAUCUGUUUGCUGAUUGAGAUACUUGAAAGACAUUUUUAGGGGACACCUCCUCUUCGGUAGGUUCGGUUUUGUGAUUGCUCUUUUCUUUUCUUUCUUUUUUUUUAAUAAACUGCAAAAUGUACCAAUCGUGCUUUACUCCACCACACGCCCGUGAGUGCAAAUAGUCGGCAAUAGCUUACAGCAAAUCCAAUGAAUCCACAAGCAAUCAAUCUCGAAAAGCGUUGUUAUAGAGAUGAGGCAUUAACUCUGCGCGGCCUACUGCUGGAGGUGUAUCGCCCCCUUUUUCUUCCAGUAGUUGUGCCCUCUGGCAAGACCAAAUAAUAGUGGGGCAAGAAAGCAAACAAAAUAGGCCACCACUUUUCUUUCUCAAUUUGCUCAAUGUAGGGGCACACAGUUUUCUCACAACCUCUUUUUUCCUACAACAAACAAAAAAUUCUUAAUUAUGAAAAUAAAAAUAAAAUACACCAAAAGAAGUUGUUUUUUUUAUAAAUAAAUCAAUGAUUUUAUUUCUUUUCUUCUUCUUCGCUUCUCUGCACUUCCUAAGAAUGGCUUUUUUUGUUGUUGUUGAUGAUGAUUUCACGUAUCAUUUCUUUUCUUUGUUUCGUGUUUCGUUUUGUCAUCGUCUCAUUUUUUCUCUCUAUUUUCACCUGUGUGUUUUACAGGUAAGAGUAGUAAAUUUGCCAUAUCUUGAGAAAUGUUGCUCAUCAUCAAUAAUAUAUAUUAUUAAUUGCAUGUUUUCCUCCCUCCGUACAACUAAUAGUAUAUUUCACAAUACAACACACACACCACAUUUCACAACGUUUUCUCUCUCACACCUUCUUUUCUAAAUCCAAACCCUUUCUUUUUUCCAUGCUUCUUGGCUCUGAUCUAUCUCCGUUUUCUUUUCUCGUUACCUCUCCACCACUCAUGCCACCACGCAUUUUCUCGCUCUUCCUCCUCUUGCCUUCUUGCUCUCUUUCUCAUUUGUUAUCACUCGCUCUAUUGCAUCAUAUAUUAACACCUCGGUUCUCGCAUUUACUUUCUUCCUUUUUUUUGGUGGCAUGUUCGCGUGGCGUGGUCACUUUUCGAUCUCUUUCCCUUAUCCACUGCCUACUACAUUUAAAUCCUUUUUCCUCUUUCCUUUUUAGCUACACUUUACACGUUUGUUUUUUUAUACUUCUUAAUGUUGCACUUCUCUGUUGUGGUUCUUCUCUCGUUCUCUCCUCAAGGGUUGUUGGCUUUUUUUUUAAAUAGACGUGAAAGGAGCGAAACUUCGUGUUCGUGUUGUUUUUGUUGCGAUAUCGUGUAGAAAGUGUGUUACA